UCUCCUUAAAUCAUGACAUCCGUCUUCACAAACUUUCCUAAAGUUUCAAUUUUCGUGUUUCACAAAUGAAUUCAUACUCUAUCAAUUUUAUAACUUUGAACAUCUAUAAAUUGACUUUAUUUAUUAGUUCCUUCAACAAAUAUCUCUUGAAAACCCUGCUAUAUCAGGCACCAUGCCAAGUUUGGCACUGGUAUUAAAGCAAAGAUCAUCAAAGUUCCCACCUCUGAGGCUUUCUCAGUCUUUGAUAUUUAGGGAUGGGGAGGAAAAGUAAGAGGGUGGCGAAUUUUAAAAGUUAUAUAAUCAGCUGUAAAUGAAGUUAUGCAUCUAAGUGUGGAGGUACCUCAGAAAAGGGCUCUAACAUUGAAACAGAGGACUUGGGAAAAUGUCACAUUAAAUGAGAGAUGCCUAGAGGCUCACAUCAUCUUUCCUAUUAGCAGAUCCAAUAUGCUACUCAUGGAAGGAAUAAAUAAAACUUCAAAGACACAGUUCUUUUUUUGUCCAUUCUCAACUCACUCUGAGGUGCAGAUGGUGAUUUUUGUGGCCUUCCUGGUGAUGUACCUGAUCAGCCUCAGUGGAAACGCUACCAUUGCAGUCACUGUCCAUGGCAACCACUCCCUCCACACUCCCAUGUACUUUUUCUUGUCUAACUUGGCAGUUUUGGAAAUCUUCUAUACAUCUUGUAUUGCCCCACUGGCUUUAGCUAUUCUGUCUAUGGGCAAAACUUCUGUUUCCAUCACUGGAUGUGGCACCCAAAUGUUUUUCUUUGUCUUCUUGGGUGGUGCUGAUUGCGUCUUGCUUGCAGUCAUGGCUUAUGACCGGCUUAUAGCAAUCUGUUACCCUCUGAGAUAUACCCUUCUCAUGAGCUGGCCCUUGUGUGUGGUACUGGUGGCAUGGUCGCUAGUGCUGGGGUUCCUGCUGUCACUGCCACUGACCAUUUUAAUCUUCCAUCUCCCAUUCUGCAACAACAAUGAGAUCUACCACUUCUACUGUGACAUGCCUGCAGUCAUGCGCCUGGCUUGUGCAGACACACAUGUUCACGAGACUGCCCUGUCUAUCAUCAGCUUCAUUGUCCUAAGUAUCCCCCUCUCACUGAUCUCCAUCUCCUAUAUUUUCAUCGUGGCAGCCAUUUUACGGAUCCGGUCAGCAGAAGGGCGCCACCGAGCCUUCUCCACCUGCUCCUCUCACAUCAUAGUGGUCCUCCUGCAAUAUGGCUGCACCAGCUACAUAUAUUUUUCUCCUAGUUCCAGAUACUCUCCUGAGAUGGGUCGGGUGGUGUCCAUGGUCUACACUUUCAUCACCCCUAUUUUAAACCCUUUGAUCUAUAGUAUGAGGAACAAGGACCUGAAAGUUGCCUUGAGGAAGACUCUGAGAAAGUUCUAG